AUGUUUUCGUAUUUCAGCGAUCAGUACUCUCGUGUGUUGCCAAAUGGUGCUGGUCAGAUGUUUGUGGUCCUGGAACAGCCCCGGAACAGCAUUAUCUUGGCCGUCGUGCAAGCCGGUUUGAUUAUCGGCCUCACUUUUUAUGGCAUUCAUACUGUGAGUUUAGGGGGUUUUGAAGACGAAGUUUUGAUUUUUUUACUUCAUUUUUUUCAAAAAAAAAAAUUAUUUUGCACUGUGCAGGAGAGAAUGCAAUUUUUUGCCAUUAUAUUACGCAAUUUAUACGACUGCACAGUGCAAAAAAUGUUUUGCAAAAAAAAUUUUUUGCACCGUGCGAUCCAUUUCUAGGCCUAUUUCUUCGAUCGCACUGUGCGGAAAAAAUACUGGCCCUUCCGGAAAGCCGCCGGCGUGAUCUUUGAUGUUUGCACAGUGCGAAAAAAGUCAGGGUGCGAGCGACACCCGAAAACAGCCUAUUGCACGGUGCAAAAAGGAAGAAAUUGCACAGUGCAAAGAAAACUUUUGUUUUCGCACAGUGCGUGUCGCCGAUUUCAGUCCGGCGACGUUUCAAAAAGACCAGUUUUUUCAAUGCACUGUGCAUUCGAAAGCUCUUCAAAAACGCACAGUGCAAUGAAAUGUCGAUGGCACUGUGCAAAAUCCAAAUUAUUUUUUGAAGCCGCAGCAUGCUCUGAGCUUGUGCAAAUGUCUAAAAACGCGUAAAAAGGAUGGUGAAUAACCUCGCCUCAUGGUAAAUAACCUUCACUUUGUUUAUCCGGCUCACCUGUAAAUAAAAUUCCUCAGCUUUGAGGCUUUCGGUCUGAGCGCCUCAGGGCUUAUUUACAGGUUUGGCAUGGGGCGCUAAAAAUACCCCCAUUUUUGAAUACUUUUAUGACCCAUUUUGGGAUAAAAACUCGAAAAAUGGUAUCGGUAUUUCUUUUGUAAACAGCGUUCGAUCCAUUCUUCCGGCUUCGAACACAAAAAGAACGGCUCUUUUGAAGCCGUUCUCUCUUCUUUUCGAUUAUGAAAGUAAAAGUGUUUGUAUUGGUCACUUUUGUCUGCAAUUUUUUUGGGAGAUAAAAAAAGUUACAUGGUGUUUUUAUCCGGGCGGUUACGGUAAUUUGAACGGAGCGAUUUUGCAGAAAAAACGAGUUUUUGAAUUUGCAAAGGAAGGCAGAAGAGUAAGAGUUCAAACGCACAGUGCGGCAGGAAAGGGUGAACAUUGCACGGUGCAAAUAAAUAUUAGUCUUUCUGGGAAGUCGCCGGACUGAAAUCGGCGACAUGCACUGUGCGAAAGCAAAAGUUUUCUUUGCACUGUGCAAUUUCAUGCUUUUUGCACCGUGCAUUGGUUUUUUUGGGCUGUCGCUUGCACCCUGACUUUUCUCGCACAGUGCAAAGGCCAAAAGUCAAUCCGACGACCUUCCGGAAGGGCUAAAAGGCCGUUUUGUCGGCUGCACGGUGCAAAAAAAAAUUUUUUUUUUGAUUUUUGCACUGUGCAAAAAAUUAAAAUUUUUAAUUUUUUUUUUCAUUUUUGCAAAAAUUAAAAAUUGCACUGUGCAAAUUUAAUUUUCUGUUUGCACUGUGCAGAUACAAAUUCUCAGUUUUUUUAUUUUGCUGACUAUUUGAGUAAAUAGAAGGAUGAAUAAUCUCUAAAAUCCGACUGUUACGAAAAAAUGACCUUUGAGAUCUGUUUUGUCAUUGUUUUUCCCUGUUUUUAUGAAGUUGUUAGACAAAACAAGCAGAUGGAUUUACUACUGUAGGAUUUAAAAUAUAAAAAAAAUAAAUUUUCCAUGUUCAUAAUAGGGAUGAUGUACGUGGUGGGGCCUUGUUGCGUAAUAUUUCACUUUGUUCCGAUUUUUCCUCCCAUUUUUUGACCAAUUUUACCAAGUAUAAUAUAAAUGAUGGACAAUUUCGAUUUAUGAUCUCUAGACAAACCUGCUAACGGAGAAUGAUUGUAAUUAGCGGUUUGCACCUCACUCGUAAAUUAGAAACUGAAUUGUUAAAAGAGGGCUCUGUGGGGAAUCGUCUAGACUCAUAAUGGACCGCACUGUGCUGAUUUUUGGUUUUUUGAACUUGUAAGGUUUUUUGAUUUUUCUGGCGGGAAAAUUAUUGAUGACGGUGAAUUAAGCUUCUAGUAGUGUUCCUAGCCUCUUGAGGGAAUGCUACGACUAGUAAAAUUAGAGAAAUUUGAGAUUUUUUCAAUUUCAAACACCUUUCAUCGUAUAAAAUGGCAAUAUCAGCUAAAUCGUCCCAUGUUUUUGGGGUUUUGAAGGCUUGAACUUCAACUGAAAGAAUGAAGUAGCCCGAGAGCUGUCGUUUUUUCAUUCAGUGUCAACUCUUUCCCUCAAUUUUGAGUCAAGUUUUUCCCUAGAUUUUUUUAAUUUUUUUCCUUUAUUUUCCCUUUGAAUUCAUAUGAAAUUGAUUAUUUGUGUUGUCUCAAAAUAAAGCUCAGUCCAGAGUUUUAUUGUUUAUUUGCGACAAUAACUUUUUUAGACAUGAUUUUGUAAAUAAAAUUUUGAUCUCUUACUCAUUUUUGAUGAGAUUAAUGUAAUUGAUGAUUUUGAACGAUUAAGGUAAAAUCUUACGGUCAUCGUAUUGGAAUUGGCAAGGAUAGGGAAGGAACGAACUUAUGAAUAUUCAAAGCUGAGUCGGUUUUAAUUUAUUUUAGGCUGAGAAAUCGCGAAGAAUUUCCAUAAAAAUGACCAUUGCGAUUUAAAAAAUAUUAGCUUGAGGGUAACAGAUGUUUUUUUCAAGGUCGUGCGGUAUUGAUAACGCAGCAGAUGUUUUGAAUUUUGAAUCAAUUUAUAGGGUUUUUUUUUUUACUUGAUGACAUAUUUUACAGAUUUUUUUAAUUUUUUUCGCGUUUUCGGUUUUAAUUUUAUGCCCUGCGGGCAUUUCUAAGACACUACAAAAACUUGUAAAGCAUUAAAUUUUUAUUUUCAGUACCUGAAGAUCCAGCAAUCGGCCCGAGAAGAGGAAUACGAAGAGCCCAAGCAGCAGAAGGCCCAUGCCUUUGGAGACGCGAAUCCGAUCGAAUCCCGCUCUUCUCAGAGCUUCUCCUACUUUCAGGAGUCAACUGGCCCUACUUUGAAGGUAAUAGAAAGAAAAUUUUUGAUGAAAGCAAAUUUUGCCAAAUUUUUUUUCUGCAAAUUUUGCCAAAAAAUUUAAUUUUUGUAAAAAAAUUGAAUUCCACUUUUUCAUAGGCGUAUUUUAAAAUCAAAAUUUCAAUUAUAUCAAUUUUUAGGCCACCGAUCCAAGUCGCCCUUCAAAUCUUCGAAACUCCUCCCACUAUUGCCCUAGCCCCGCCCACAAACACUCGGCUGGUCAUUACUCGGCGAAGAGCCAAGGAUCCAGUGAAUUUUUGUUCUCGAAAUCCGUCCUCGCGACCCCACAGGGCACAAAGAACUCGGCUACGGACUACACGCGACCCACGUGUCGCCAUCGAAGCCACGCCCCCUUCGAGGCGAGAGUCAGCGCCGGCGCGAACAAAGCCGCUCCGCCCACGCCCGCGCGCUCGGACUGGCUUAAAACCCAACCCCAAAUCCAACGUCUCCAGCAGAGCCAGCAACAGUUUGGCGGAUUGAGGUGAGAGAUGUGGAAUUCGGAUUUUUUGAAUUUUUUUCGGGAGCUUCUGGGGAUUAAGAAAGUUUGAGAAUUUUUUGGAGCUCUUAUUCAAUUUUUUUUUUCGAUUUUUGAAUUUUUUUUCAAAAUUUUGCGAAUAUUCGAACAGUUUUCAUUUUUUUCCAAAAAAAAUUUUUUCCAAAAAAAAAAAAUUCUGUCAAAAAAAAUUUUUAUCAAAAAAAUUUUUUAACUCAAUUUUUGGCUAAUUUCCACUUUUUCUAUCAAAAAAUUCCAUUUUCCAUACUUCCAGACCCAUCAACAGCCAACAACGCUUCGUCCUCUACAACUAUCCCGAGCUCGCAACUCUGAGCGCCCGCACCGCUCGGCCCUUUCCCUCCUACCUCCGCCGCCUUCCACCCACUCCCCUCUGCCACACCGCCCUUCAGCAUCGUGCACGCCGCUCGGAAUCCGUGGAAACGGCCAAGAGUUUCGACCCGGAGGACUUUGAGGUGACCGGCUCCACUCAACACUCCACGUUCACCUUUGAACAUCGCUGCGGUUGCAGCAAAAAGGGCAAAUUCAGCGGGACCUUGGAGAGUUUUGAGGAUUUUGAAAGUCUCCAUCUCUGA